CACGGCAACGACAGUAGUAGCAGCGCUAGCGUGAGCGGAACGUGGCUUCCUGCCAGCUUGCUUUUUUUUUCUCUCGUCUUCUUCCCUGUCCUUCCUCAGCUUCUCCGCUGCCGUGGCACCGGUAAGUAGCCCGGCGGGCACGAUGGACCUGCGCCUUCUAAAUUAGGAAUCCGGCUGCCCCAGUCGUUGGGGGGAAGCACGAGGGCGGGUUCUUCCCCGAGGACAGGCUCCAUCAUCCCUUAGCUUCGAUCUACCUGUGCUGGGUUCCAGUCUGCCAGCCUUCCGCCUGAGCCAAGACGCUGCUCUGGCUGUUGUGAUUGCUCCACCACACGUCUCUCUCUCUCCUGUCGUCUUCUUUUGAUCUUGUUUUUUUAAUCGUGCAUUUGUUUAUUUUUUUCUCCGUCGUCCGGUCUUCCCUGUCUCUUCACGCGUUUCGUCCUCCUUGUCUUCCCGUUUUUCCUGCUUUGAACCCGAUCCACUACUUCAUAGAUCCGCCUCACUAGUCCUCUCCAAGAAGACCUAGUUAGGUUGCCUUGUCUCACAUUGCACGCCUUUGGCGAGUCGCCCUGCAGAGCUGCGUGGCAGCUUGGCAAAAGCCGCCGUAUCCUACCUACCUUCACCUGGGGUGUUUUGUCAUACUAUUUUUUUUCGCCUCCUCUCCCAGCCGGCCGGGUCUCCAUCUGUGCAUACGUCCCAUCUCGCCUGCUACAGCCGUGCCUCGGCUGCCCGCUAGACCUGAUGGCCCGCUCAGAGCCGCAUGAGGGCUUCGACCUCAACUGCCCUCUGAGGAUCACUCACACGACGGCUCAACGCUACAUAAGCACCCGGGGUCAAGACGAUAGGCUGCUUUUUGAGAACAGCCUGUUUGAUACGUUUACACCUGACGGCGGACUCUUCAUACCAGAGAAGAUCCCAGUCCUCACGCCCGCCGAGUGGCAAGAAUGGAGUCGCUUGUGUUUCCAGGACAUCGCGUUCGAGCUGCUCUCCAUCUUCAUCAGCCCUGCCGAGAUCCCACCUGAGGAUCUCCGAGGAAUCGUCCGUCGCAGCUUCGGUGCCGAGGACACCGUGGUGCCACCGCUGGUGCGGCUGUCGGAUGGCCUGUAUCUUCUCGAGCUCUUCCACGGUCCCAAGGGUCUACCUGAGGACAUGGAGUUGCGACUGCUCGGCAAUCUGUUCGAGUACUUCCUAGCUAGGAAAAAUGCUGGAAAGGAAGGCAAAGACAGACACCACAUCGCCAUCCUCCAUCCCGCCGACGAACCUGCGAUUGCGCUCGCGCUCGGUGACAGGAGAGACGUGUCUAUAAUCAGGCUGCAACCGGAUGACGUAGACGAAGAUGAUGCACAGCAGAUGACCCUCGCUGCCUCGAGAAAAAAUAUCCACACACUCGUGGUGAAGGGCUCUGAAGACGACUGCGAGGGCAUCAUCGACAUGUUGUUCGCGAUCACUAGCAGGUCGCUGGAGCCGCAUCUCAACCUUGCGACGGCGUCGUCGAUCAGCUGGGCGCGCACUCUAUCCCAGAUGGUCAUCUGGAUCCAUGCAUUCUUCGCCUUGAAGAGGGUGCUUCCAUCAUUUGACAUGGAGGCCGACAAGGUCAGGCUCGUGUUGCCGACGCGGAGUUUCGAUAUCAUCGCUUGCUUCCUCGUUCGACGCAUGGGACUCCCCGUCGACAAGAUAGUCAUCGCCACGGGCGAAAUAGACCCGCUCGUCUCUUUCUGGGCGACGUGCCGCUACAGGAGACAGGUGCGGCAGGGGGAUCUCCCAGCGCUUCCGGACGAUGCGAGCACCCAGAAGGGUGGCCAGUCACGCCAGCAGCCACCCAACUCGAGAAGGGGCGACGUCUUGGUCACAAGCAGCUUCGAGAGGCUGCUGUGGUAUCUGGCGUGCGAGUUUGUCUCGAUCGCACACAUGGGUGACGCAUGGAACAUCAAGGAGGCGGGCGUCGAGGUGACCAAAUGGCUGCGAGACCUCGUCGACCGCGACGCGUUUGGCCCCGUCUACCAAGACAUCACGCGCAUUGGGCGCAACAACUUUGUGGCGGAGCGCGUCGCCUUGCAGAAAAGCAACAGCAGCCAGCGAGGCGCGAACGCGGCGCCGGGCAAAGUCGACACGGAGAGCCUGCCAGCAGACUUUCGAUGGGACGCGUGCGAGGCCACGGCCGCCGGGGUCGUGGCGUCGCAGAGAUCCCUCUCACGUACCGGAAUAAAUGUGCCGCACAUAUCGCUGGCGCCCGUGGCCUAUCGCAAGACGCGGAACGGAGGCUGGAUUGGUGACAGGAGAAUGUCGGUACCGGCAAACUGGGGCAGUUCGAAAGGAAAGGAGCCUGUCCGAAGCAUUGCCAAUGACUGGCAGGUUGUUCGGGCUGCCAUCGCUGAGAUUGUCGAGAGGGAUUCGAUGCGGGGUACGGAGUGACUUGUUUCCGUUUGCCCUUCUUCACACUCCUAGAUGUAGACUCCUCCCAUCAUUUUUUAUCCAAGAACGGCAUACACUUCUUACACAGGGGUCAUUGUACAGUAUCGCUACAAGAUAGAGGAACCUGCGGCGUGGAACCUAACAUUAAUGCAUUGCAAACAGGUCGAGGGGAUUGGGUCUGUUAGUUUGCUAUCAAUGUCAAACUGAACAGUCACUUUGUCGGGAAGUUAUGA